GGAUUUCCUUCGUUCCCUUUUUGACACCAAAAAUUAAAAACAUAAUUCUAACCUAAAAUUUGAAUUGUUUUGUAAGAAAAUAUUAAAAAGUUCUACUAUUUGAUGUUUUAAUUUUAAUAUCUAGGAUUUUACGAAGAUAUAAUGAGUGGAAACUUGUUCCGCUCCUUGUUCAACACUUCGGUAUCAUUAACUAAAUCAAAUGCUACGAAUUUGAGAACACUUCACACAGCCCCAGUGGUGUAUGCCGCCCGUAAAGGAACCAGGGCAAAAGCCCGCGCCAAGAAGGUCAAAGUUGAAGUCACCAAAGUAGGAUUUAUACCACACAACCAGAGGGGAAAAGACAAUGCAAUCACAACUAAAGUCAGCAAGCAUUUAGAUGAUUCAUUCAAGCAGAUAUCCAAAGAUGAUGUGUUCCCGAUGCGCUACUACCGCUGGCCGGUGUACUCCGCCGAGGAUGCGGUCCAAGCACAUCAGGAGACGCACCACCCCACCAUGUUCAAUGUACCCGAUGCUCUUGUGUUUGCGAGGGUUGAGCUGAACAUGGAAGCUGUUAAGAAGAACCGCUACCUAGAAAGCUUCACUAAGCUGACUCUGCUGCCUCACGGGUUCUCCCGUGAUGAGGAGCGCACCAUCCUGGCAUUCUGCAAGGGACAGGACCUCAUCUCACAGGCGGCCGAGGCUGGAGCCACCACGGUUGGAGGGACUGAGCUGGUCAAGAAGAUUCAGGAGGGUGAGCUGAAGCUGCCUGACUACGACUACAUCAUCGCUCACCCCAACAUUCUGACAGACUUGGUGCCGAUCCGAGGGCUCAUGAAGCGAAGGUUCCCGAACCUCCGCGCGGGCACCCUGGACGCGGACGUGCCCGGGCUGGUGAAGAAGCUGGCCAAGGGAGUGCAGUUCAAGGUCACCGGGGACGAGCAGCAGAAGGACUUCGGUUCUGUUGACGUGCCCGUUGGCAGGCUCAAUAUGGAGGCCAAAGAUGUUGCGGAAAAUAUUGGAGCCUUGCUGAAAGAUAUCCAGUCCAGCCGACCAAAAAGAGACGGUCUUUAUAUUACCAGAUGCUACAUUUUGAGCCCGCCAUCCAGUGAACUAUUGAAGAUUGAUCCGUUUGUCUACGUCGAGCGUACUUUGAACUCGGAAGCCCAAAACGAAAGUGACGACGAAGACGAAGCAGCAGCUGCUUCUGCGUAGAAUUUGUAUUAUAGUUAUUGUAGAGUAUUUUAUAACGGUGGCAAUAAAUGAAAUGUUAAAAUAAU